AUGCAAACAUACCAUACAAUAAAAAGCCUUAUAAACCAUUAGGACAAAUUAUCAGAUCAAUUAUCAUUUUAUGAUUAGUUCCUCCUCAUGACUAUUCAAAGCAUUUAGUUAAAUUGGAUAAAUACAAUUACCAAUAUUGAUAAUUGGUUUGAAAAUAUUUGGUCUACUUCUCAAACUAAGAUAACGUAAAAAAAUCUCCCAUCGGCAUAAAAUUUUGCUUCUUAAUUUGGAGGUGCAAUCAUUUUAACUAAAAGCAGUGCAUUAAAAUAAGUUGAUAAUGUAUUGGUGGACUCAGUUGAAGUGUAUAAUGUUAAUAAUAAAAUAGGUAUAUGAUUACAGAAUGUAAUUAAAAAAAUGUGUUUUUUGUUGUAUGUUUAAAAGAAGAGAUUUCUUUAGAAGCAAUAACAUUUAUAAAUAAGGAGUUGUAUUCCUCAUCUAUUAAAAACUUUUAAGUAAUUAAUUGAGAUAUCUUAUUUAUUAGGUUUAUGGAAGUGUUGUUUAUCCGACCAAGGAAUGGGAACUUUUAGGUAAUUUUUUUGCGGAAGACACAAAUGAAUGGUAGAUUUUCAAUUUGGAUCAACGAUUCUUGAGAUAUUUAAAAAUACUAAUUGUUGAUUUUCAUAACGCAGAAUUCCAUUGUACUUUAACUCAAAUUAGGUUAAUUUUUAUUAUUAUUAAAAUUAGAGUCUUCGGAAAAACUGUUAUUGGAGAUUUGAUUGAUUCGCAUAAGAGAGAUAAGGUUAUUAAACCAGAAACUAAAACUAUAAAUUUAACUUAAGAGUAAUAAGAAAUUAAAUUAAAUGAGGUUUCAGAAGAAGAAGAUCGAUCAAAAAAUGAUACAUGCUCUGUUGUUGAUUAUUUUUAUAGCAACCAACUUUCAAAAAGAAUUGAAAAUUAAUACAUUAAUGUCCUACCAUAUGAAACGAGACAAUCCCUAUUUAAAGUGACUGCUCAGAAUAUCCUAAUAUUAUCUCAUAAUGUAGAAUUAUUUAAAAAUGAAAUCAAUUAAAUAAAACACUAAGACAUAUAGUAUUAAAAUGAAUAGGAUCAAAUUAAGGUAUUUCAAUAAUAAUUGAUCACAUCAAUAUAAGAAUAAAAAUUAAUAAAUGAAAAAUUAGAGAAUGAGUUGUAUUUUAUCAAUCUAAAAUUGAUAACCAUGUUCAUUAUACUAAUAGGAAUAACUUUAAUUUUGUUGUUUAUCAGUUUUUGCAAUCAAAAUAAAUAAUCAACAAUUGAACAAUAAAGAGUAUCUUUUAAAGCUUAAAGUACAAUCAUUAAAUCUUAGCCUGAGUUGAUUACUUCUAAACUCAUUGAAAAUAAUGCUAACAGCAGUAAUACUACCAAAUAAAUAAAAAGCUCAAAUGGGAAAUUAAAAAAAUCACAUUGA